AUUGGUGUAAUAAGUUUUGGCAAUUUAUAUAUAUAUAGUGUUGCUAUAAGUGAAGCGUACGGUUAGUUUGUUAAAAGUGCUUACAGUGUUAUAUAUGAUUAGCAAUAAAUUAUAUGAGGUAUGGAUGUUAUGAUUAGUUGAUACAUCAUAUCUAUGGCCAAACCACCUCCAGUGGUGUUGUUGUUUGAAUCCAAGUAUAAGCUAACCAUUUCUGCGCUAACGGUGUUUCAAAAACGUCAAUAUUAUAGUCGAAAGCUUUCGAGUUGCGUGUGGUCUCUCUCACUGAUGAGAGCACUGGUAUGUUAUGGUCUACCUGUGCCUUGUGUGUGGUGUCAGUAGUGAUAUUCAAUUCUUGUGUGUCUGGCAUUAGUGAACCACAAUCUAUACUUUUAUAUAUGUUUUGUUAAUUGAGAUUAUCGUCACUCUCUCUCUCUCCCACACAAUCUCUUCAUUAUUUAUAAAUAACCGCCGAUAUGCUCUUAAAGGGCAGAUCUUUGUGGUUCAGAGUCUUAUUACUCAACCUCCUGGUCCUCAACAUGUAUAUCACAAGUACUGCCAACCAUUCAACUUUUGCUGUGUUGGCUUCCAGUGCUUCAACAAUACAACAAUUGACUGGUGAGGACCAAAAGAUUGCUGGUGAAGUGGUUAAAGAAGUGGUAGUAACCGAUAGUUUGCCAAAAGCAAUAAAAGGCAAAACAAGAGGUCCAACAAAAGAGUAUAACAGAGCAAUAGUCAAAGCAUUUGAAGCAAAACUUUUACAAUUAUUUCAACUCAAUUCACGACCYAAAUCCAGACCUAAUACCAUCAAUCUUAUACCUGACUAUAUGCUGGAUCUGUACCACAAACAACAAUAUUACAAUCAGUUGCUCACCACUCAUGACGAUGAAGACAACGACAAUCAUAUCGACGACAAUACCGUCGAAUACUCCGACAAAUCCAGUGCUGAUAAUGACUUUAAUCAUAGACAACACUCAACCAAACAUAAUAACCAGAACACCGGUGCAAGUGGUGGCCAAACAGCUCAUCAGCGAUACCGAAGCCAUCAUUACAAGAGAUUUAGUUUAAGUGGAAACGCAAAUACUAUUAUAAGUCAUAAACAGCAUUAUGAAGAUGCCGGUGAUGUUGAAUGGGAAACACCAAAUAGUGUAAAAUUAUUAUUUAAUAUAUCGUUAUCUUCUGGUGAAGAGCUAAAGGGCGCAGAACUGCGUUUGUAUAGACAGUCAAUAUUGAAUAGACUUAAUAUGUCCCACAAGUCUCGUGUCAAAUAUGAUAUCAAUACUAAUGUUAAUAAUGAUAAUAAUAAUUAUGUUAUAACUAAUAGUGAAAGUUCCUCUAAAUUGUCUAAAAAUAAAAAAGUGCGCCGAGAGAGGUCAUCAAACAGGUCAGAGAGUAGCCCCGGGCAGCACCGGGAGCAGCGAACUGACAAUAACUGGCAGCAUAUGCUGGUUAGAGUGACUAUAUAUGAUAUACUGGAACUUCCUAAGACUAAGGACAGGGAUCAGCUCUUAGUGAGGCCCAUAGACACACAUGUGGUAGAUGUGAGGCACACAGAGUGGACCAGUUUUGAUAUAUUUCCAGCAGUGCAACGUUGGACCACUAAUCCUAAUGCUAACUAUGGAUUAUAUGUGACUAUAACUAAUUUUAAUGGAUCCGACUCUAUACCCGACACACAUAGAGAACACGUGCGCUUAAAACCAACAGUGCCUCUACAACACAUACAAACUGGUAAUAAUAAUCUAAAUGUUGAACAAAAUUCAUUGUCAUCAAAAUCCCAGUCCCAAUCGUCUUUAGCAACACCUGUAAUAUCAUCACCUGUUGUUGUAUCAGACACUAAGUGUGACACAUCUGCAGCUAAAGAUAUCAACGAUGGUGUUAGUGGUGACCAAUGCAAACAUAAAGUCAUCAAACAAUUCAAUGAUGAUUAUUGGGCUCACGUCCAGCCCUUGUUAGUGACUUAUUGGGAUAAACCUAAUCAAAGUAGUGACAAUGCAUUUCAUGUGCGACACAAACGUCAGGCACAUACCGGUGCACAUCGACGUGGAAAGGGUCGACACAGAGGCAAAGGUCAUAAAGAGAACUGUAGACGACAUUCCUUGUAUGUGGACUUUAGUGAUGUCGGUUGGAAUGACUGGAUCGUCGCACCUCCCGGUUAUCAGGCAUACUAUUGCAGCGGUGAGUGUCCGUUCCCGCUAUCAGAUCAUCUAAACUCAACCAAUCACGCUAUUGUCCAAACAUUGGUCAACUCAGUCAACCCAUCGGCUGUGCCUAAAGCGUGUUGCAUACCAACAGAGUUGUCACCCAUAUCUAUGCUAUAUGUGGAUGAAUACGAUAAAGUUGUACUUAAAAACUAUCAGGACAUGGUUGUCGAGGGAUGUGGAUGUCGUUAACACUACAGUAAAUCGUUAAACACAAUCAGUCAACGCAUUUGUGAGAGAGAAGUGAUAUUAAAGUUUUGGUACAUUUUUACAGGUAAGGCAUAAUAUCCACACAACUGCAUACAUGAGAAGAGGGCGAGAAAUUGAAGUACU